CAUGAAGGUUCUCCUCAUCCUGGGGUUUCUCUUGCUGUCUGUCACUGUCCAGGCCAAGGUCUACAGUCGAUGUGAGUUUGCCAGAACUCUGAAAAGUCAUGGAAUGGAUGGCUACAGGGGAAUCAGCCUGGCAAACUGGGUGUGUUUGGCUCAGCAUGAGAGUGGCUUUAACACAGGAGCCACAAACUACAACCCUGGAUCUCGAAGCACCGACUAUGGGAUAUUUCAGAUCAAUAGCAAAUACUGGUGUAAUGAUGGCAAAACCCCAGGAGCAGUGAAUGCCUGUGGGAUACCCUGCAGCGCUUUGCUCAAGAAUGACAUCACUCAAGCCAUAACAUGUGCAAAGAGGAUUGCGACAAGUUCACAAGGCCUUAGAGCAUGGGUGGCAUGGAAAGCCUACUGUCAAAACCGAAAUCUCAGCCAGUAUGUUCGGAACUGCGGAGUCUAAUGCUGUGCAUUCCCACUUCAGCUCAUUCUGUCUCUGUAAUAUUGGGAAAGGUGACACAUCCUCGGAUUCCCCUUCAAAGAAGCAGGCCUUAAACAGAAACAGGGACAAAAUGGAGACUGCUUCCUAAGAGACUUCAUGUUGACAAAUGUGUUCCUUUUUUAAGCAAAGCAUCAUUUUUUGGUUACCCAAGGCAGCAAAUGCACUUUGACCGUCACACGCAUCUCUAUCCAUCAGGUCUUCACCUAUGAUGUAAUUCACAUUCAGUUUCAUCAGAAUUAAUCUCCACCCCCUCAGUUGGAUAGACGUACAACAGACAUUUACAGGAGACAGUAGAUCUUGGGUAAAAUGGCAGCUGUGUGAGCUCCCAGGCCUUGUCUAUGGGCUCAGGACCUAGACAGUUAGCACAGCCAUUGUGCUGGGCAAGGCGGGUUUGUAAGAAAACAGAACUCUGAGUGGAUAGAACUGAGACCCCUCAACUCAGAAACUUGUCACAAAUUUGUGACCUUCAUAAAACUAUAUCUUUACAGUGUCAAAUUUAUACUGCUUAAAAAGGAAAUUCUUACCUCAUGUCAAAGUCAGUUUUAACUCUUGAUAGAAUGUUCCCACUCCUUUUGCUGAUCAUGAGGUAUUCAGAGCAGAUUAGUGACUGUGGUAGCCCUUAACUUUCUUAAAGUGUCCUCAUGCAUAUGAACUGACUCUGAGACAGAUGAGCUUGGAUCAGCAAAACUAAGUUUAUUGUGAAAAACUACAAAAAGUCAUUAAAUGAUUUCAAUGCA